AUCACGUUGAUGUAGUCUAAUUCUGACAGAAUGUCCCGCGUCAGGACAAAGGACUGUCGUGCGUGUUAGUGGAAAUAACAUAAAUGGGUUAUAUGUUUGCAGUACUUAUAUUAUUAUCAUUAACAAUAUGUUCGUGCGAGGAUAUUUUAUGCGACCGCCGGCCGCUGGGCACCACCACAGACCCGCUACCACCAGACAGUAGAUUCAAAAUAGAAAUCAUCGGAGUUAACGACAAAUACAUACCCACACGACAAUAUACAAUUCGUUUAUCAGCGAUGGACGGUGUCUCAACAUUCAUCGCGUUCACGAUCUGGGCUCGCGGCGAUAUCAAGCCUCACGACAAGAACCCGCAGAAAACGGCGCAUCUCGACCCCGGCUUCGUGUUCCCUGCACCACACUCGGAGACGACUCCCAACAAGAAGUGUAAUAACUCCGUGGUCCAGACCGAUUUGACUCCAAAGACUUCCGUCGAGGCUUACUGGAAAGCACCAAAGAAGGAGAACAAAUGCGUGACUAUUAACGCAGUAGUGGCGGUAAAGCGCGACGUGUGGUACCGACAGGAUGGGCCGCUGUCAAAGCGGGUGUGCGAAGACAGGCGGAAUGUACUCGACAUGCAGCCUACUAAGAACGAUAAUUGCACUGCACCGGAGGACGCACGCUAUUUACUUACUUUCGAAGGUAUGUGGUCAUACAAUACGCAUUCCAAGAUGUUCCCCGAGUCCGAGGAUUUGGCGAGAUUCAGCGACGUUGUAGGUGCCUCACAUAAUAGCAAGUUCAAUGUGUUUAAGUACAAUUCGGAUGCCAGUGAAGGUCUCAAGAGGUUGGCGGAGCAGGGCAACACAACGCAAUUAGAGAUUGAGAUUAUGAAGCAGCUAGGUCGCAACAUAAGGACAAUAAUAAAAGCGGUGGCUCCACAAAAGACGAACAUGAUGACGACGUCAAUGUUCCGUGUGACGCGCGAGCAUCACCUCGUGUCUCUGGUCACCGCGCUCAUCCCCUCUCCAGACUGGUUCCUCGGCGUCUCCAAUAUGGAGCUAUGUGACGUCAGGACCGGUACCUGGGCGAACAAUCUUACACUCAACCUGUAUCCAAUGGACGCCGGCACUGACAGCGGGAAGAAAUUUGAAUCCUCAAACGAUGAGACGAUGCCGCCUCAGCCGAUCUCUCCAGCGGUAAUCAACCCUUCCGUGCCCAAGGAAGAGGUUCGUCCGUUCGCUCGGCUACAAUUUGACCUCAUACGAACGUAUGCGCGCAUAGUUACUGCCGAAGUUACGUCUGAGGCCACUGAAACUGAAGAGUUCGAGGAGACAGAAAAAGCGUACGCCUCGACGCCUGCAACUUCACAAAAAGAGACAAGUAUGGAAGUCGCUUCUGAAGAAUCGGAUCCAAAUUGUCCGAUGUCGGGCUGGGAUGAGUGGCUAUCUUGCGAGGGGGAAUGCAUAGACAACCAGAUAGAGGGUUACCAGACGAGAUUCCGGCACCACAUGGUCAACAAUCAGCCAGUGGAGCUAAUUGGACCUUUGAGCAAACGUAUACCUAAAGAUUGCAUUGAAAAGUAUUCAGUUACGGAGUUACGUGAAUGUACGGACAGUUGCGAUGAUGAAGAUAACGAAGCUGAAGAAUAAUUUAUGAAGACUAAAUUACACUGAAACUCGGAACUGAAUUGUUUAUACCAAUAAUAUUA